AUGACCGACACUGAAGACCCUCUCAUUGCGGCCCUGCCGCCGGCCACCGAUUAUCUCACUUAUCUCACCAUCCUCGAAUACCAACUGACCCCCGCUCGACUACCCACCCUCCAUAAACUUCUCCAAGAUGAGACCUUGACCACCAAUAUCGGCUGGGAUUUGGUCCAGUUGCUCCUGCCCAUGCUGCCACAAUCCUCCGAAUGUCUGCAAGAUAUCGCCCGUCUGGGGAAUCCGAGAGAAGUCAUCCUGCGUGUUUCAGAUGCUUUGAUGAAACUGCAGCCGGAUGACGAAGAUGAGGAGGAAGAUAUUGGGGAUACUGGGGAAGGGAGUAGCGUGCAGGAAACACAAGAGAUGGAUGGUAGUCUUCCACGGCAUAUCUUGAAGUUCAACUGUCUCAUGGCCAUGCUAUCGGUACUCCAUCGUCGCAUCCAAACAAAGUCCCCGAGCCGCUUCAUCGCUACGUCCCUUCAGGCCGCACUGGAAGCCUAUACCCUGAUGCCAACGAACGAGACCACAAUCGCACUGCUGGAGUUCUUCAGAGACGUCGCCCCUUCGAAGAGGCCCGCGCCCCCGCCGAGAGCAGCUAGCGAAUCCAGCAUCUUGCGAGUUUCAGAGGCAUCUGCCCCCGAUCCCGAAGCUGAAGCACAGUCGACUGCGCCUUCGAGCAAUGACGAAACUAUACUUGUGAGGAAGUUCUUGCAAUUUGGUCUGAUCGAAUUGCUCAAGUCAUAUCUCUUGAGUUUCUCGAGUCCUAUGGACUCAGGCAUGUCGUGGGCCAUUAGGUUGCAAGAAAAGCUACGUCCGAACUUGUGUAUACCGGGGAGAGAGUCGCAGACAGACGUAUACACUUCUACAAAGCAUCUCAAAGAAAGAGAUUUGAUUAUGGCAAAGAUCACUGCUCUGUCUCGAGACUUUGGUUUAGAUGACAAGCAACUUCUUGCGAUUGUUUCUCAACCGUCCGAAAGCCAUCCUCCACCGCUAGACUUUGACGAACCCCCAAAGAACCCCGAAGACAUCCCGCUUGAGAGACACGGCUCGUUGUUGCUGUUGGCUGCGCGGGCCGCGGUGGCAGAGCUGUUUUCGUCAGGACAGGUCACGCCGAUUGCGGUUUUCCCUGACCUGGCUCAACUGUUCUCAAACUUUGUUGGGGGUUUCAAGACUCCAGAUGAGGUGGCAUUCGGGCAACCGCAGCCCCUUCUGGACUCCUUACUGACAUUGACGGUGUUCUCCAUGGAGAAUGCCAUUGGGGAGCCAUCCUCUGAGACGGAGUUCAACAACUUCGUUCUGGAGCUUACGGCCUGUACAGCGCGCCAAAACUACAGCACACUCCGACAGAUACCAUCCACCAUCAUCCACAGCCAUCCAUCCGAAGUGACUCGCUUCAAAUUGAUCCGAAAGGUCCUAGAGGACGAUACCUUACUAACCGCCAAAGACAGCGCUAUCGGAUGGCUCAAAGACGAAAUCUUGGCCACCACAGAGCAAACUCCUGAGUCCAGCAUCUUCCAGGACUCACACUACUUCUCCGUCCUCUUCCCCCUUCUCUUCAACUCCACUCAUCUCUUCCUCGACGUCUCCUCCGAAAUUGUCGCCUCCUGGAUCAAAUUCUCCCAAACGCUCACGCCAUCCAUCCACGCCGCCCUAGGCCUUUACUACGUCAUCGUCUCCUCCCCGAAACUCCGCGAACGCCUCCAACUCGAAAAGACAUAUCUCUCCUUCCGCAAUCGAUUCCUGGAACCCCUCAAAUCCCUCUGCCAUGCCUUCGAGGCCGAUUUGAUGGACCACGGCGGCGAGGGACGCAUUCAAUCUGCUGUAGGCGAGGAUAUGGUUGAGGUUGGGAUGGCACGCUCUGUGGGAGUUGUCUCGCAUACACUGGAGCAAGUUGAGGAUACCGUCGGGGAUGCGUUUGUGCUUUCUGAUAAGGAGUUGCAGGAGCCGAAUGCGGAUGAUAUUGCGAGGGUUGAUGCUAUCCAGAAGGAAACUGCACCAUAA